AUGAGUGUUGGCAAUUUUAUAGCUACCUCGCGUAGCGUGGAGCAGAUCUUGUGGGAGGAAGUACCAGCUGAGUGGAAGAGAGCAGGUGUUGAGUACCGUACUUUCUUACUCACACAUGGUUAUUACUUCAUAGCUUUCGGCCGUUCAUCUUAUUGA